AUGAAUUCGAGCCGUUGCGCGGCAUGCAAGCACUUGAGGAGGCGGUGCCCUUCGGACUGCAUUUUCUCUCCUUACUUCCCUUCCAACAAUCCUACACGAUUCGCCUUCGUUCACAAGAUUUACGGGGCGAGCAAUGUCGCCAAGCUACUCCAGGAUCUCCCACCAAAUCGACGGGCCGAAGCAGCUGAGUCGUUGUGGUAUGAGGCUCGUUUGAGAAUAAAAGACCCGGUUUAUGGGUGUGUUGGGGUUAUUAGUGUUUUGCAACAGCAGAUUCAGGAUUUAGAAUGUCAACUCACCAUGAUUCAAGCUCAAAUUGCUGCUCUAGUUGCUCAGUCCCAAAGUAAUGAGACUCAUCAUUAUAUGUAUCAAAUGCAAGGUGUUGACUAUGAGCAUGUUGAAAAUGUUGGAUCCAACCUGUUAGACUGGUUGGAUUAG